AUGCCAGGCAUCGAAAAUGUCGGUGUUUUUUCCACAGUCGGCACGCUACUCGACCAAUCACUCCAGAAUUACCAGAGAGCUUACGACUAUCUCAAAGUGGCCGGAAAUCUCUGGGGAACACUUGAUGGGUCGAUGGUCAUGACCCGCGAAACGGCCCAUGAUUCCAAAUGUCCCUCAAAUGAUACUUUGCCGGAAAACCUUUACUGGGAAUUGAACAAGAAAUUUGACGCCUGCGAGAAGAAGUCUCGUGCACUGCGAGAGGUCAUAGCCAGAAUAAUCCCCCGAGAAAGCAAUCGCUCAUCGACAUGCUACUCGACUUCUGGAUCCGAGGGUAUGGGCCGUGAGGUGGAGGUGUUCCAGGAUGUUGAGGAUUUGGCCAACAAUGAUAUAAUCCACACCACAAGGCCGGAGAAGAAGACUGAACGAGAAAAAAAUAUUCCUAAAUUUUUCGAUAAUGGCCGAGAGGUCGAACUCCGCUGUGAGAAUCAGGCAUACGGGCUCCAGAACAACAUAUAUGGACAGCAAAAUAUUGGUGGCAUUCAACAAUACAAUUAUGUAAACCAACCCGAGCUUGACUUCAGCUUCUACCACGGCGUCGGAAUGAACCUCAGCCAAACAACAUGCAUCGACUCAAGUUAUUUCAAAGGUCGCGACAAUGAACUCGCAGCACUGACAAAGAUUUUAAGCCCGCUUCAGAAGCCCCCAAGACAGCAAUGUCUAGCAAUUAAUGGAAAGGGCGGCGUGGGGAAAACCCAGCUGUCUAUCGCAUACGCAAAGCUCUACUGCGAGCAUGGCUUCCCAGCUUACGACUCGGUUAUUCUGCUCAACGCAUCGUCCAAGUCUAAACUGAAGGAGAGCUUUAGGCGAAUCGCGAAAAGGAUAUUCAAAAAGAUGCCGGAAUGCGAAGAUGCCGUACAGCAUACGCUGCGGUGGUUAUCGGACCCGAAGAAUACGGGGUGGCUAUUGGUAUUUGACGAAUACGAUGACCCUGAUCAAUUCAGUAUUAGCAACUAUUUCCCCGGGGGAAAUCAUGGCUCAAUCCUAAUCACCACCCAGUCUCCGACUUCUGUGCCCGGUAUCUCCUUUUGCUUGCGGUCGCUGGAUGAGGAGGGUAGUCUGGCGGUCUUGAGAGCCCGGUCCGAACGAGCGAACAGUGUGACAGAUCCAGCUGCGAAAGACAUUGUCAAGCUGCUUGGGGGACUUCCCUUAGCGCUGGCUACAGCCGGGGCCUACAGCCGGGGCCUACAUCCGGCGGAAUAA